AUUUGCCCCCCUGCGAGCCCUUCGUCCAUCCGCCAGUCGAAAUGCACGGCCAUCUAGGCACCCAGCAAAACGACAGCCCAGAACCUCUAUCACCCUCGAUCGCCUAUCCAGACACUCGCCCGUGCUCACACCAUCCGUGCCACAUGGCGUGGGCAUCCAAUCCCAAGGCGGCCUCUGCCACACUCGAGGCCUGUGGCGUCCAACGGCUUCUCGCAGCUUCGAGCUGCGUCGCCGCCAUCAUCGCAUAAGCUUUUCCCUGGGCGUGCGUAGGGAAUGUGUUUGCCUAGGCGGCGGGGUAAUUACACCGUGGUGGUAAUGUGCUAUAAAGCAUCGCCUAGUCUUUGCUGUGGCUUGCCCUCUCAUCUAUCUCUGUUAGUUAUCAUUCCUUACAUUAGUGACUGAAGCAAGCAAGAUGCCUCCCAUCUACUACCUGAAUCAACCACCCCAUCCCUUCUGGGACUUUGUCGCCGGGAUCGAAGAUCAUCCUUUCUUCGCCCAACACCGACGACCUGUCCCGCCCACUCCACCGCCGCAGCCUCCUCGUCCGGGGGCCGAGCAAUCUCAAGCGCGGGCACAAGCUACCACCGCUGCUCCCGCCCAAGCCAGCGAGAAAGCCAAGGGCAAGCAGCCCGAGACCAACGUCGAGGACCCUCCUGAGAUCGACCCUUCCACCCUUGCGUCUGAAGGUAAGGACGUGCCCUUCCGCGGUCGUGGCCGCUUCGCCAAAAGCUUCGAAGACAAGGGCAACAAGGACAACGCCGAGGAGAACAACAGCGGCCGUCGAGGUGGACGAGGCUGUCAUGGCUCCCACCACCACGGUCACAAUCCCUGGGCGGGACCACCUCCAUUUGCGCAACCUCCUUUUGGACCACCGCCGUUUGGACCCCCUCCGUUCUUCUUUGGCCCUCAUGGACCCUUCGGUCACCACGGGCCUCCAGGAUAUGGGCCCCCAGGACACGAAGGUCCUGAAGGCCACGGUCCACGUGCUGGAUUUCGUGGCCGUGGAGGCUUUCAUAGAGGCCGUGGAGGACCGCACCAUCAUCAUGGGCCUCACUCACGCUCCCCACCACGUGGUGGACCCUUCGCCGGCGGUCGGACGGGCCCAGCAUCCGGCUUCGAUCUGGGCAAUUUUCUUAGUAACCUCGGCGAGCGUCUGGGAGUCGACUUGACCUCUGCCGCCGAAGGCCUGGGACUUCGACCUCCGCGCUCGACCGAGACCGACUUUGAACCAAGAACCGACAUCUUCGACACCUCCUCGGCCUACAUCAUCCACCUAUCGCUCCCCGGUGCCAAGAAAUCCGACGUUGGCGUCGACUGGGAUGGUGAGCACUCUGUGGUGCGCGUUGCUGGCGUCGUCCACCGGCCCGGUGUCGACGAAGAGAUGAUGUCGCACUUGAUUGUGGAUGGACGCAAGCGCGAAACCGGCGUCUUUGAGAAGACCAUUCGCUUGGGCACCUCCAAGGACCCCGCCAGCGUUGACGUCGAGGGCAUCACCGCCAAGAUGGUCGACGGCGUCCUGGUCAUCCGCGUGCCCAAGGUCGAGAAGACGUUUGAGAAGAAAGAAGUCCACGUGGGCGGUAGCUCGUCUCCCUCCCCUGCACGAUCCGACGAGAGACCUGAGGACGCAUACAUGAACGAGAAAGACCUGCUUUUUGAUGCCGCCGACGAUGAGGACAGGGACAUGUACGACGCCGACCCUGUGCCGGAACCUCAACGGCAAGCCCCCACAGCCCAACAGCCUGUUCCGGCGGACUCCACCAUGAGCGAGACAGCAGAGGCGAAGGAGAAGCAACGCGAAACCAAGGAAGAAGAGGCCGAGCGAGACAGAGACGACCGCUCCGAGACCGUCGGGUUCGAGGCCCCACACAACGAAACGACAGAGACCCUGCCGAGAUACGAGGUCGAGGACACCACCCACCAGAACAAGGCUCAGGAUCACCACCAGCAGCAGCAUGCAAGCGUCGACGAGGAGGACAAUAUGAGCGACUGGGAGAAAUACGGCUCCGAGGAUGAGGGCGAGUACGUCAAGAUCAACGUCGACUAAAACCGCCAGAGCUUGCAAAGAAAGGGCAUCUUCAUUCCCAGUUUGUCUUAUGAGCAGAGUCUGGGAUAUGACAGGUUAGGUUAGGUUAGGUUAGGAUGCGCUGGAGUUAUGGUACGGAUAAUUAAGUCGUGCAAUGAUUAAUUCAUAGGCCAAGGGGGGAAAAAAACAAUGACGCCUUCUACGUACGGGACAUAUGUAGAGAUGUCGUCAAUCAGAUACCAAAAAAAGAGGGGGCAAGACUGCUAGAUAGGUAGGGAGGUAGGGAGGUAGAUCCCAUCUAUCCAUCUAUCUGGCAUCUCGCUUUUUAUCACCCGUCCAUCCAUCCA